UUUGUGCGUUUAUGUGCUGUUAUGCCGGAAAUGACAGUCCAGUGUUUCCGCGAAGAGGAAAACAUUGAGAAGAUCUGACUAUGAUUUCCCCUGCAUAAACGAACAAUCUGAGAGGGUAUCGAGGAAACAAAAUGUCGAGGAGGUACCAGAUGCUGCGGGCCGACAUCCGCUGUGUUAUAGGUGCAUGCAAAGACGACCCAACAUGCCCUUUUUCAGAUUUUGAGCAGGGAGAAAACUUGAUCACCUUCAACUACUCCAACAACAAUGAAGGGAAAACUUACACCAUACAUCUGUCGGAAGAUUAUCCAGAGAGAAUCCCAUUGAUCUUCAACAGACUUGCCGAAGAUCUGUGGAAGCAAGUUAACCUGCACCCUCCCGAGAUCAGCAGCAGCAGUGGCAGUAGUGAAGAUGAGGAGGACUCACAGGAGUACUUUACACAUGAUUCAGGUGGCAAUGACAUUGAUGACUAUGACCUUGAAGUUGACAUUGAUGAUUACUACAAUGAUGCUCAUGACAUGGUGGAGGAACGAAUGCACCCUCAACUGGACAAUGACAUCAAGUCAGUUGAGCAGAGGUUUGGAGCUCAUGCCAUCAACACAAGGAGGAGAUAGCCAAGGCUUGGAAAGUGAACAGACAGGAGCCUAUUGUCAUCAGACUUCACUUAUCCUUCAGCCAGUACCUGGAUGCCAAUGAGCCUCCCAAGGUUGAGGUUUUCCAGCCUUCUAACAAAGAGACUUUUGGACUGGGAAUGCAGAUACAAAAGAUAAUGGAGACAUUUCUAUCUAAAGAGUGGAAGGACCUGAGCAAUGAUCGAGUGACAGCCAUCUGUGUUCCUCUGAGGCCUGUCUCUGCUCGUGCCUCACAUCCACACAAGGGGGCUUCUUCACAUGGGAAAAAACUGAAACAGCUGCACAAAAUGUCAGAGAGCUUCCAAUCCCUGGUAUCCUCCUGGAAAGUCAGACCAGUCAAGAAAAUCCAUGACAGACAUGUGGCCCAGCUGGUGGACAUGGGUUUUACGGUGGAGAUGGCACGUAACGCUCUCUUCAUGACACGGAACAACUUAGAAGAGGCCAUCAAUCUGCUUCUUACACAACCCGAGAGCUGCAGGCCAGCAGGAGGGGGAGGGGCGGGGAGCAGCAGCUCCUUCCGUGGCACAUGGACCUCUGCACUGUUCCUGGCGCCCUCCGUGGCACAGCAGCACCAGGUCGUGCUGCCAGCGCGUCCAUCUCAGCCUUUAAAACCUGCAACCAUCGGGGACGAGCUGCACCUGGUGCCCUGUUCAACUGAGAGAGGUAGGACUGCCAAAACCAUUCCAGGAUUGGAGUACGGAUUCCUGGCACAGUGCCUAAUAUAUGCACGGAACCGCAUCCCAACCCUGAAUGAAUACUGUGUGGUGUGUGAUGAGCCACAUAUAUUCCAGAACGGCGCUAUGUUGAAACCUGUAGUGUGCGAGCGGGAAGUCUGUGUUUUUGCCUUCCAACAACUCGGUGUAAUGAGAGGAGCUGCCGAUGACAUUGCUACUGGAGCUGAGGUUGUGGACUUGCUGCUGGCCAUGGUGAAGGCCAGCUCACACUCCCCGAGGAAAGACCUGAUCCUCGACCCCUUCCCCUCAGUGGUAGAUCCUGAUAAUGCCAAGGAGAUGGUGCUCAGUCCAAAGAAAAAGAACUAUGACCGGGUGAAUGCAAUCCUGGACAGCCUGAUGAGUGUACGGGAGAUGACCCAGGCCUCAGUGGACAUGAAGAAACAACUAGACAAGAAGGACAAAUAUGCCUGGCCCUUCCUCAGCUGGGUGAUUUCCAGCAACAGAUCGCAUAUUGUCAAGCUGCCAGAAAGCAGGAGAAUUAAGUUCAUGCAUACCCCACACCAGUUCCUGUUACUGAGCAGUCCCCCUGCUAAGGAACAGGCAUUCCGUGAAGCCAAGAGGCAGCAUGGCAGUUUGUUUGCAUUCCAUGGUUCCCAUAUAGAAAACUGGCAUUCCAUCCUGAGACAUGGCCUCAUCAACGCUUCAGGUACCAAGCACCAGCUCCAUGGUGCUGCAUAUGGUAGUGGUAUCUACCUGAGUCCCAACUCCAGUGUUUCCUUCGGUUACUCCUGCAUGGGUCAUGGCAGUCACAAGGCUGCCAGGAACAAGGCUCUGCUAGUGACCCCCCAUCGGAAGGGGUUCCUGCAAGGCUGCAAGGCCCUUGGGUGUACUAAUCAGACUACUGCAGCAUCAGAGAAGACAGGCAAGAAAGAAAAUACAAAGCGUUUCUUAGAGAGUGACAACUUGACAUGCAUAGCUCUCUGUGAAGUGAUCCAUUCCAAGGAGCUAAGAAAACACAACAACAUCUGGGUGGUGCCUAACCCUGACCAUGUCUGCACAAGGUUCUUUUUUGUGUACGAAGAUGGGCAGGUGGGGGAUUCGAUGGUAGACACCACACAGGAGAAGUACCAGAAGGAGAUACUCAGGGCCAUCGGCAACAUGACGGCCACAGACUGACAAGGUCGUACAUGUAGCAGGAUAGAAACAUGCUGGUUUCAGGCAAUCUGUCCGGGCAGUGAAGUUUUAUUAGUUUUUGCUUAGUGUUGAAUCUAAAAAGAACACUGACUGGUGUUGCAGACCUGGGACCGACAUUGACAGUUUGGGUCAUGAAGGGCAGAGCCUCUUUUCCUGCUAAAGGGUGACUCACACUAAUUUAUAUUUCACAAUAUACUAAGACUUGAACAGUUCCAUGAUUAUGGGGAAAUCAUUGAUCUGUUGGCUGAUCUCAGAUUACAACAAAGUGUCAUUGUAUUAUUUACACUUGAUUAUAUAAAUUAUUUGCACAUUUCAAGUUCACAAAUUUCUAACAGAAGUGGUAGUGGUUCAGACUGAAUGCAAGUAGGGACUACACUGUUCCAUGUCGAAUGGGUCAGAACCUAGUUCCCAAAUACUGAAUAUGGCCACAGCCUACUCCAUAUAUAGAGUGUUAUAAAUUACUGGCUUCUACCCCAAAUAUUUGUGUACGGCUUGACUUUGUCUUACCUUUGUUUCCAAUUGGACAAUCCAUAAUGGUCUUCAGUCCUUUUGCAUUUCAAUUCAUAGUUAGGGUAUAAAACCAGUUUCUAUCAGAUCUCCUCAGUAUCACUAACGAAAGAUAGUGGAUGCUAUCUGAAACGUUCAACCAUUUCCAAAAUCAUAUUCAGUUGCUUGAGUAAGUGCUUUUUACCAGUCCCUGAUAACUGACCUUCAUCAACAGAUCAUUUAUAAGAUUUCAUUAAGUUAAGAUCGAGAAGUAUUUUUUAUCUAAAUAUUGUAAGAAGUAGUGAAAGCAUUCAUAUCAACUGUAGUGAAGGCAAUAUGUCUUAGUCUGAAGAAAUUUCAUUUUAGAUGCAUUGAAUGAUUAAACAGCAAACCCCACUUAAAAGGGAUUUUCUGUGUAUGGAAUUGAACAUUCCAUCCAGAGCUUCAAAACAAUAUGGCGGGUCUUCAAACAUCAAUUUUACUUCACAGCUCUUGCUUAAUAUGACUAGAAAUUCCUUUGGAUUUUGAAUAACAUUUAAUAAGAAAGAAAAACACCUAUCUUCAAGGAGAAAAUUGCAAUAUUGAAGAUGCAUAAGUUUUCCACUGUGUUUUCUAUUGCCAGCACGAUUAUAGAAACACAGUACAUUUGUACAUUCAAAGCACUUUAUACAUGUGUAGUCUUGGCUAUGAUGUUGUGGAAUAGUUUUGGACCAGUCUUUAAUACAAGAGGUGAGCAACAAAUUCUUGGCCUCACCACAAAUUUUGGGGCCUAGUUAUGAAGUAUAAAGCCUUUUAUUUUUGUCUACCAAAAAUCAAAUCAUUAUGAUUAUUACAGGUCUUCGUCAACUCUGCCGAAAGUCAGACACCCACUUAGUUGGAAUGUGAAAAGAUCCUCAUGAAACAUUUUGACAAAAUUAUGCCAUGAGGAACAUGACUCACAAGUCAAAGCUCUGAUCACAGGUCACUAUUAUUUUUCUCGCUACUUACAUGCUGAUUUUCACAGGGACGUUUACUGGAAAGUAAAGACCACAUUCAGUUGUGGAUAUUGAUAAAAGGCUUCGCACAUAUAGAAGUGCCCCAAAAUGGUGGGUUGUGCACCUUAUUGCUGGUUGAGGCUAAAUUUGUAUGUUCACUCACAUUUGUUGUGCAAGCAUCAAAAGUAACAGUUUAAUUAUAUACCAAUGUUUCCAAUCUGUUGCCUUAGUAAAGUGUAAUGUUGCACAAGUCUAGCCCGUGGAAUUGGUGACAAGUGACUUUCAAGUGACAAGUUCCUCCGUGUGGGACAAUUGUACAUGUAUAUUAAAAAGGUUGUUUUCAGUUGAAAGCCUUAAGGUCUGUUCCAGGCCUUGAUUUCGUCAUUAUGUUUUAAUCUACUAACUCCAUUGAAUAACAUAGAGAAAAAUAGUCACUUGAUGAUUCCAAAAGAGUUUCUAAUUUGUAGAAUAUUAUUCCUGUUCUUAUUUUUACUAAUUUAAACACAUAGUGUGCAAUUGAUUAAUGUUCCACCAAAACUUUCUAACCAGACUCACUGCAGUGUUUAUCAUAUUCUGUUUUGUCAGGAUUGCUUUCUGAACAAGAUUUAUGAAUAUGAAGUAAUAUUUCUUGUGAUAUUCAUUGUGGUAAUGCCGUAUUAUGUUAUGGAACAAAUGCUAUAUUAUCUAUUUUGUACAAUCUUGUUCUUUAGCGUGUAGUCUCUGUUUAUUGUUGCUUUCAUCUCUAAUGCAAGUUUGUUAUGAAUUGAAAUACUAAAAAGUACUAAAUUUAAUGUUAUUUACACAAGAAUCUUUAUUGUUGUAACAGUACAAAGGUGGUUUGGUAGUUUAUCUGCUUAUACUGAAUCUGCCCUCAGAACUGUUUGAAAGAUACUAAGACAACAUGCUAUUUAAGUGCAUAUUUACCCCUCAAGAGUUAGUUUCUGAAAUUUGCAAUGUAUGAUGGGAUGUGAUGCAGGUUAUCAGUAUCCACAAGCUGUGACCCAUGAUGCUUUGUGACAGGGUUGAGCCAUUGGUAAGACAUGUAAGAGACUACGUACACUUGUCCCCAUCUACAGUGUUAGUGUGCUAAGAGACUGGUGUGUGCUGCACUGUUACCGCUAGUCUUUCAGCCAUUUCAGUUGUUACUUGUAAUUUUAUUUACUUGUGCAGUGGUUUUAUUUGAUGGUGAAAAGAAGUUUUCAGUUUUAAAUUUGCAUUAAACAAUUCUGUAGUUCAGUAGUCAUACAAAAGGGACAUAUUUGCAGUGUCAUGGAUUUACAUUGGAGAGAUCACUGCAAGAACCCUGAAAAUAAAACACAAAAAGUUUCAAGAUUGUAUAUUAGCUGGAAGUUCACUUGUGCUUUGUUAUUUCAUUGCUGUAGUGAAAAUCAUGUCUGUGCUGCUGCACAGGUUAUAUAAAAUUGUGUCAUCAUCAUGUGUGCUGAAAAUGGUCAAUUACAGUCAUGACCAGUUAUGAAAGUACAUGUAUAGUCAUUUCAUGCUGUUGACAAGGCCAGACAGAACUUAGCUCAGAACAAGAAUCAAGGGACCAAGAAUUUCUAUGUUGUAAAGAUGUAUAUUCCCUUUCAUAGUUUGUAGCCUGAAGUCAAGAUGGCAGUUUUGUACAGAAUGAAGUCCAAAAUGUUUCAUGAUGAUAGUGCCCUUAAACAAAUGAACUUGCCAGCAUACAAAUGUAUUCACGAAUUCUAAGUGUGUAGUCAUUCCAUGAAUACGAGCUCAUACAUAUCCUUGUUGUUCGUAUUGAGCAGACUUAUCAAACCUUAAGUACAUGUAAUGUAUGUGUAUAUGCCAAUAAAUGGAUUUACACAUUA